UCAAAGAUGGCCAAUCCCAGGAGAAGCACGCGUCUCUGGCUCACCAGCAUUCUGCUCUUCGUGCUCACAACCACGGCGUCGGCAAAGGGGUGCACUGAGGUGGAGAGGGACGCCCUCCUCACCUUCAGAGCCCGCAUCGUCGAUCCGUCCCACCGCCUGUCCUCGUGGCGUCGCCGAGUAGACUGCUGCAGAUGGAACGGCGUGGUGUGCGACGACACCACAGGCCGCGUCGUGGAGCUCAACCUCCAGAAUUCGGCGGACAUGACUUUCGAGUCGAAUCAGGCGGCUCUGCGGGGUGAGAUCAGUCCGUCCUUGCUCUCUUUAACGCAUUUGGAUCGCUUGGAUCUCAAUCACAAUGACUUCGGGGGGUCACCGAUCCCCACCUUCCUGGGCUCUUUCCCCAAGCUCACGUAUCUCAACCUCUCCUGGUCCAACUUCAGCGGCGCCAUUCCGCCCCAGCUGGGCAACCUGUCCAGCCUCCGCAAUCUCGAUCUCCAUUCGUCUAGCUUAUCGACUGAUUGCCUGCACUGGCUCUCGCGUCUCUCUUCCUUGAGAUACCUCGACAUGAGCGGUGUGAACCUUUCCAUGGCCUCCCACGAUUGGCUUCACUCAGUGAACAUGUUGUCCUCACUGGUGGAGCUACAUUUACCAUACUGUGGCCUCACCGACCUCCCCUCUUCUCUUUCCCAUGUCAACCUUACGACGUUGACCAUUCUCGAUCUCCGUGGCAACCUCUUCAACUCCACCUUCCCCAACUGGCUUCUAGAACUCCGCAGCCUGUCCUAUCUUGCUCUUAGCGAUUCAAAGUUGCAUGGCGAGCUACCUGCUGGGAUCGGGAGAUUGACUCGUCUGACCCAGCUUGACCUCAGCGCCAAUUCACUCUCUGGUCCUCUCCCCGCGGAGAUUUGGAGUUCGAGGAGUCUAACAAGCAUCGACCUCAGCUUUAAUUCGUUCAGAGGUCCCGUGCAAGUGGAAGCAGGGAAUCGGACGAUUGGGAGUUUGACUCGUCUCAAGGAGCUGCACCUCAGAGGCAAUCGACUCACUGGUCCCAUACCUGCCGAGAUUGGUAAUUUGACUUCUCUAACAACGCUCGACUUGGGUCAUAAUUCUCUCUCUGGAACCGCACCACUUGAGAUCGGCAAGCUUUCCAACCUAACCUCUCUUGAUCUCUCUCUCAAUUCCCUGAAAGGUACCAUGUCCGAACUCCAUUUCGCUAACCUUGCCAAGCUAGAUGUGUUAUACUUGUACAGGAACUCCUUGGACAUCGCAAUAGGCCAUGACUGGAUUCCACCUUUUCAACUCGAGACAAUCGGUCUGGAUUCCUGUAAGCUGGGCCCUUCGUUUCCCGGAUGGCUGCGCUCACAGGGAUCCAUCAUGGACUUGAAUUUGUCGAACACGAGUAUCGAGGACACUUUGCCUGACUGGUUCUGGAAUUCUUCUUCCUCGUCCAUUAUGGUCAUAAAUCUGUCCCACAACAAGAUUUCCGGCACUCUGCCGGCAUCCUUGGAGAGUCUAACCAACUUGAUGUUCCUAAAUUUGAGCUCUAAUCUGUUCCAAGGUCUCAUCCCUGUUUCGCCACCGUACCUACAAGCACUGGAUCUAUCAAGCAACGCUCUCUCAGGACCGCUACCAUCGACCUUUGCACCGGUGUCGGAAUACUUGUUCUUCUCAAACAACCAUAUUAACGGGAGCAUACCAUCCUACGUCUGCACUUUGCAGCUGCUCUUUGCCCUCGAUCUGUCGAACAAUCAAAUAUCAGGAGAAAUACCUCGGUGUUGGCAAGAGACAAAUGAACUUUUGUUUAUCAAUCUGGCGAAUAAUAAGCUCGGUGGAAAGAUUCCUAACUCCAUCGGAAACUUGACCGAGCUCAAGUUCUUGCACCUGAACUACAACAGCCUCCAUGGAUAUCUUCCACCAUCGUUGCAAAACUGUAGCCAGUUAGCUGUCAUCGACCUCGGUCGCAACCAUUUUUGGGCAACAUACCGGCAUGGAUCGGACAAAGCUUUCGAUAUCUGGAGGUACUGUCGCUACGCUCGAAUAUGUUGUCAGGCAACAUUCCGCCACAGCUUGGUCAACUAAGUAAUCUUCGGAUCAUUGACUUUGCCGAUAACAAGCUAUCAGGGAUCAUACCACGCUCAUUUGGUAAUUUCAGCGCCAUAAUUUCCAUGUCAAAGUCGAUGUCUUCCACUUUUACGACCGACAUGGAGUUGUCUCCGUUCCGCGAAAGCAUAACUCUUAUCUAUAAAGAGACGAGAAGUAACCUUUUCGUCUAUUCUAUA